AUGGGCCAAUCCAACGGCGCAGCGCUCGCCAAGGACACCAUCGCGUCUGAGCAGUUCCUCAAGUACCAAGAGGCGCGCCACCGCAUCGUGCACCGCGCCUUUGUGAAGUGUGUCGUGCCAUCCUCGAAGGGCAAGGAUGACGGGUACGACCUCACACCAGAAGAGCGCGUGUGUGUGGAGGAGUUCGCUAUUCUCUACGCCGGAUUCGCCAAGAAGGAGUUUCUGCACUUUAGUAGCCUGUAUGAGCAGUACCAGCGCGACCAGUAUGAGAAGAUGCGGCUGGAGGUGAUGCAGCAGCAGGCGCGCAAAGACAUCCAGCAUUGA